AUGGUCUACGCCCAAUCAACAGACAGCAUCAAGCCCUCCCUCCUGUCCCUCCUCUCUCCCUCCUUUACCCUCCCCAUGACCUUUAACCUCUCAGACAAUGGCAACACCAGCUCAGCCACACCCUUCCUCUAUAACCACGAUGCCCUCUCCUCUUCCUCUUCCUCCUCCGGCCUCCAGAACACCACCCAGGUGUCGUAUGAACUCACCCCAGCGGAGGUGGCUGUUCUGGGGCUGGUGUUCAGUCUCCUGUGGCUGGUCUCCAUCCUGGGUAAUGCUCUAGUGUGUGUGGUGAUCCACCGUAGCAGAAGAAGUCAGUCCACUACUAACUACUUUGUGGUGUCCAUGGCCUGCGCUGAUCUGUUGUUGUCCCUGGGCUGUGCUCCCUUCAUCCUCCUCCAGGUGACCUGCGGAGGCUGGCCUCUCAGCGCUGCCGCCUGUAAGGCUGUUCGUUACCUGCAGCACCUGUGUCCUGGUGUCCAGGUGUAUGUUCUGCUGUCCAUCUGCGUGGACCGCUUCUACACCAUCGUGUACCCACUAAGUUUCAAGGUGUCCAGGGAGAAAGCGAAGAGGAUGAUCCUGGCCUCCUGGAUGUUGGACGCCGCUUUCGUCUCUCCUUGUCUUUUCUUCUACGGCUCGGAGGCGGCGGCGGCGGACGGGGGCGGGCACUGUGACUUCUUCCUGCCGGCGGGAAGCUGGGACGGCGUGGUGUACGGUUCCGCCCACCUGCUCCUGGGGUUGCUGGUCCCGGCCGUCCUCAUCGUGUGGUUCUACCAGCGUGUGGUCCGCUACAUCUGGAGGAUGGGCGCAGACGGACACACGGUCAGGAGAACCAUGAACAUCGUCCCCAGGACGAAGGUGAAGACCAUCAAGAUGUUUCUCAUGCUGAACGUGGUGUUCCUCGUCACCUGGACUCCCUUCUACGUGGUCCAGCUGUGGCACCCUAGUGAGGCCCCGGGCCCCAGCCGACAGGGGGCUCUGGUCUUCUGCUGUGUGGUGUGGGUGUCGUUCAGCUCCGCCGCCUCCAAACCGUCCCUCUACUCCGUCUACAACGCUAACUUCAGACGCGGCAUGAGGGAGACCUUCUGCACGUCCUCUAUGAAGUGUUACCGUAGCAACGCCUACACCAUCACCGCCAGCUCCCGCGUGGCCAAGAACAACUACGUGGGCGUGGUGGACGUCCCCGUGGCGACCAAGACGACGCUCACCAAAGACUCCGUCUACGACACGUUUGACCGCGAGGCCAAGGAGAAGAAGCUGGCCUGGCCAAUCAGAGCCAACCCUCCCAACACCUUCGUCUGA